CUGAUCCAGGUCCUUGGUCCGUCUCUUGGUCUUCCAUGUUUUUGCAAUGUGUUUCUUUUUGUCACUCUUGUGGUUUCCGAUUUGUCUGGACUUCACCAUCCUAGAUACAAUACAAUACAGCUGGUUAUCACAGUGGGCCAGUCCAUGGUGAGCACACAGGAACAGGGAGAUAGCCUGGACUUGUGUUAGUUCCGAGCGCACAUGAAGGCGGCGCCAGGCUGCUCUCCUCUCUCCUCUCCUGCAUACGCGCCGCGCUCCAGAGCGAAGAUGGCGGAGAAUAAUGUCGACCCAGAGCCCGAGUGGAUCGAGCGGGCCUUCGAUUCGGCGGAGGACACUCUGGUGGCGAUGGAGAACCUGCUGGCCACGCUGAGGGCCUUCGAGGACGUUCUCAGGCAGCAGGACAUUUCCAUAGCAUCUUCCAUUGAGUAUUGCGACAACUUCUGCCAGGCACUGAUGCACUAUGCUGGCAGCAGAAACUCCAUGGAUCAUGGACUACCUCUUCUGGAAGUAUAUUGUCUUUCCAUUAACUGCUUUGCUUCGGCCAGGUCCCAUCUCACGGCAGAGUCGGAUAAAGUGGAACUUGUCUUAAAAAGAUUGGCUUUGAGCUGCUUUGAACUUUUUCUGUCAGUGCCUGAAAAUGAGAUCCCGUAUGAAGCAUGGCUUCAGUUCCACCAGUCUGUUCUGCUCGCCCAUGGUAUGCUGUUGGAAUAUGGCAGCACAGAUUUACAAGCACUUGUCCAGAUCACUGGAGAAGGAGGUGCCUGGAGUAACCCUGUUCUUACUUCACUGCUCACAGGGCAGCCCACCAACACAGAAGAAGUGGAUGCAUACAUUUGUUUGGAGGGGGAAGGCUUCAUGGAAAUGCGAGUCAAGCACUUGGAGAAAAUUGGUGAAGUGGCCAAAGCUGUAGUCCUUGCCAAAGCAUGUGUUGAAUGCAACUUUAUUUCAAACAAAUGCACCUUUCGUCAAACCUACGUCUCGCUACUUUGUCACCUUCUGCCCAGUGAGGAAGCUAUAUCUGAGAUCUCCAGGCUUGACUGCAAGGACGUACUGGAGAUUACGUGUAAUCUUGAGACUGAAGGAGAUGAGAACACAGCGUUCAUUUUGUGCACGACCUUCCUAACACAGCAACUGCAGCAACAGAAUCUUUACUGCUCCUGGGAGCUGAUUCUCCUAUGGAGCAAGCUUCAGAGAAGGCUUGAUCCCACAUUGCUGUCAUUUCUGGAACGAUGCCUUCAGCUUGGUGCCAUUGCCAAAACAGUAUAUCAUUUACUUUACCUGGUCAGAGUUAUUCAAACAGAGGUGGAGGAUCUGGGUGUAGCACCAUCAGUUGAAUUGUGUGUUAAAGCUCUUCAGUUGCCAAAGCAAGAUGAUUCAAACACACGGAUCUCUGUCUGCAAAACAGUAUCCUGCCUUCUGGCAGAUGAUCUUGAAGUGUGCCGUGCCUGUCAGCUUACGGAGUUCCUGCUCAGCCCCUGUCAAGAAGUCUUCCGGACCCUCGAGGAGCUCUACCUGCGCCCGGAUCAGAAAAAUGACCAGGAGAAUAUGGUCAUUCCAAACUCACUGCGUUGUGAGCUGCUGUUAGCACUUAAAUCAUAUUGGCCUUUUGAUCCAGAAUUUUGGGACUGGAAAACUCUCAAGCAUCAAUGUAUUUCUCUUCUUGGUCUAAAACCAGAAUCAGAAGAAGAAGAAGAAGUAGAUGAUGGGUCAGCGUCACAAGAAAAGUGUAAAUUAAUAGAGUUUGAGGGGGCCUCAGAAGAUUUGGGGAGUCCAAACCGGUUGAAUGGUGUACCUAAAUUAAAUGAAAAGAACAAUUCUAACUCUAGUUUAUCAGAAAAGCAAUAUCAUUCAAAGACAAAAAAGGGCAAGUUUCGAUGUCAAAUUUGUAAAAGGUCCAUCACUGAUGCUCAACUUGUCCACCAUUCAAAAAGACAUUCAUUAGAGCGCAUACAUCCUUGUCCCAUUUGCUUACAAAGGUUUAAUAGCAGAAAACAACUGGUUCCUCAUUUAAACCAUCACAUAGACACUACUGUUUCUUUGAAUAAAUCCAGUGUGAAAGCAGAGCAGGAGGAGAAGCAUAGUGAGGAAGAUGAGGACACGGAGCCAGGGGAGAUCCCUGUAGACCCUUCUUUAAUGAUGUACUACAAAUCCACACAUGACCCUGAUGUGUUGGAGCACAUCGUUCAGCAAGUGAAUAGUCCAAAGAAGCAUGUGGACAGUGAUGAACAUGUCACAUUUGAUUACAUAUACAGACACUACAAUCUACAAAAUAGAGAUGAGUACCCAUGCCCCGGAACCAACUGUUCCAGGGUUUUUAAACAUUCAAAGUACCUGAAUGUCCAUUUAAAAUCUGAACACAGAGGCGAUGAGAAUGUGAAGUAUUUUCAUAAAAUGAAAGACAAACGGGAGAAGUGUGCGUUUUGUAGGAAACAUUUAAUGUCAAACUACCACUACAGGAAACACCGCAAAGCCCACUGUGGAGAUCAGCCACACAAAUGUCUGGUUGUGGGGUGUGGAGCACAGUUUGUGACUUCAAGUGAACUCUUUUUACACAAACAGACACAUGGCUAUCAACUGAACUAUCAGUGUGAGCUCAAAGGUUGUUAUGUCACUUUCUCUGACUUGGGGCAGCUCUACCAUCAUGAGGCACAGCAUUUCCGUGACGCAGCAUUUACGUGUACAGCCCCAAAAUGUAAAAAGUAUUAUUUCUCUAAAUCAGCUUUUACUGAACAUUUAGCCACACAUAACAUACACUUUUCAGAGCAGGACUUUGAAGCCCAGAGAAAAGCCAAAAGAAAACAGUUAAAGUCUUCUAUAAAUGAUUCAUUGACCAGUCAAAUUUGCACUGAUUACACACAGUCCAUAAAUGGAGACCUCAACACUUCUGCUUGCACCUCUCCAUCAGAAAGCAGGGAGGCUAAAACUACCUUGGUUGCUGUUUGUUUUGAUGGAAGCAAAUUUACAUGUGGAUUUGAGAAAUGUGGCAUGACUUUUUCCAGAGCCCGAGAUGUUCAGAGACACCUGAAAUGUGCCCAUCCAGAACACCUUAAACUGGAGAACAAAGAGCAUAAACACGACCGAGAACGAGGCUUCAAAUCCAAAGGAGUAAAACAUGAAAACAAAGGAAGCACUAACAAAGGACAGAAUGAACUCAAAAUGCCCUGCCUGUCCAAAAAGAAUAGAAAAGAAAAGAGAAUGUCUUCUCAAAACAAACAUUCAGAGUCAGGUGUAUUACAUGAAGCUUUGAAAGAAAUUAUUAAUGGACUCUGUAAACUGGACAUAAAUUGCCCCUCGUCUCACGGUGAACCUCCAGAGCUUACUCCAGAAACCCAACUAUCGGAGAAGCCAGUUGUUCAAAAGAGGUCUCACCCCGAUAGAGAAAGGAAUAGUACCUUAAGGUCCACACCGGAUGCAAAUGUUUGUCAAGAAUCACGCGCCAACGACAGGCCUCAUGCAUGUAAAAUUUGUGAGUAUAGAGGAACUAAAAAAUAUAACUUAAUGCGCCACUACAUCAGACAUGGUUAUACUCGAGAACAGGCUACAAAAUUGUCUUCGCCGUAUUCUUGCCAAUUUUGCCCUAAAAGUUACAAUGAAAAAGAUUUAUUAAGGGAUCACUACAUUCAAAUACAUGAUCUAGAUGAAAUAUUGGUGAAUGAAAUCAUUUGUGGGUUCGGUGAUGAGGAAAGCAAACCAACCAACUCUCCAUCUAAGGCAUCUCUGUGCUCCUCAAGUCCAAAAAGCAAGGAGAUCAAACCAUUACUGCAGCCGGAAACUGAGAUGAAGCAGGAUGACAAUCACCCAUCUGAGAAGGAACAGCACAGUGUGGAGAAGGAGGAAAGUGAAGCUGGGGAGAUGCAUCACGGCAGAGCUAAACGGUUGGUGUCAAAAAGUAACCUCUGCUAUAUUCUGGAUAAAUUCAGCAAACCUUUUCAUUGUGUGGCAAAAAACUGUGAUGCUGCUUUUUCUGCCCAAGGAGGGCUUGUGCGUCACCUUCAAAUGGUCCAUCAUUACAACCGAUCUCAGCUUCUACUGGAAAAUGAAUGUGAUGAGCAAAGUUCUGAUUUGAAAAAAGAACAUUCCAAAAAAAGGUCUGCUCCAAUUUCAGACGAACCUCAGCCACAAUACAAAUGUCACUUUGCCAACUGUCACGUCUCCUACCAUCUUAAAAGCAGCUUGGCUCGUCACACUAGAGACUGCCACUCACAGCCAGAAGUCAUAUCCAAAUAUGACGGUCAUACAAGUGCAGCCAGCCAUGAUGGUGAGCUGAAGAAACAUGUUUAUUAUAACCACUGUGAAUAUUACAAUUCACUUGUUGUGCGCUUGCAAAGCACUCGCAAAAACUCUGUUACUGGAUGUCAGAAGAAACUUAUAGUCCCAAGUCAAAGUCCUCCAAGGGAAGAACCUGAUUUAGCUAACACUCAAAAUGGUCAGUCAAGUCCAGAGCCAAAUCAAAAUGAACAAGAGGAAAAUACAUCAAAAACAAGCUAUGGCCCUGUGCGUUUUGUCUUCAAAUCACAUGAAGAGGCAUUACAAAUGUGCCAAGAUCGUUGUCUUCCUGAGGCCUAUCCCUGCCUGGUUCAGGACUGUGAUACUGUAGUUGGAUACCGGCGAAGCCUACGCCGGCACUACCUACAAGUGCACCAUAUGGGCACAACCUUUUUUGAAAAUGGAGAAAAGGAGCUUAUUUUAAAUGCAGAGCAACUAGAGGAGAUGAUUCAGAGAAAGUCUGUAAGACCCACAAGAGCAUCUAGUCCUAAUGGAGUUCGCAAAAUGGAGUACCAGACAGAGCCAGAAAACCCAGGAGGGCAGUCUACACCCAUGAGCUUACACUGCAUCAAAGCUGGGACUCCAGAUGAGACCCACCCAGACCCACUGGGAUUCCCUGAGGAAGUAGAGGAGGAGCAGCCAUCUGUUGAGAGGAACAGUAUGCUUGUAGGUGCAGACGACGUGCUCUAUGGAGAGCCUAGCACUGACGGACACACUGAAGAAGCUACACCUGUCACACAGAACAGUCAAAAACCACAGGAGCGGCUGAGCCUGGAGCAGAUCAAACCAUUUUUGCGUCCAGUAACCGUAGAUCUAUCACCUCCAAGUUCACUGCGCUUUAUUACAGAGAAGGGCUUUGUAGAUCUGUCAAACAACAAAGCUAAAGAAAUGAUAAAGGAGAAACUAAAGAACCGAACACUUUCUGUGUCCAUUCCACGUAUUCGUGAGCCCUUAAAAAGGAAAAAUGAUUUAUCUGAACAGCCAUCAAAUGUAAUGGAUGCCCCUCACAAGCAUAGUGACAUAACUGCAUACAAGCCUGUGCGCUUUGAGUCUUCAUUUUUGAAAUUCAUCCAAGAGACUGUGCCAAAAGAAAAAACUGUGACGUCUUCCAGGCGACAGAACUCCUUCAGACGCAGUUGUUCAGUGAAAGAAAACAACCAGUUGGGCAUUGCUCACACACGCAAACGUACCCAUUCCCCUUUGCUGAAACCCCAUGCUGUCUCUGGGGACACUUCAAACUUGAAAUCCAUCUUGGACAAAGCACUGGCUGGGUGUGGGGACCUGGCCAUUAAACAACUGCAGUACCUUAGGCCUGUGGUGGUUCUGGGCAGACCUGUAUGCUCCACUACCCUGUCUAAUUUUUUUCCUACAGACACAAAUAAGAGUAAACUGCUUCUUGGAAGUUAAGAUACAUUAGCACCUUUUUAUAAGAGCUUUGCAAAUGCCUUUGCGGCUUCAUAAGUAUUUUUUCUGGACAAUGUGUUAACUUUUUACUAGACAAAAAAUUACUUAACAUCAAAUCAAAAGACUGUUUCUUAUUUUGAUAUGUUAAAUUAUUACUGACAAAGCUGUUGUAUACAAGUUUUGACACAGAUACUUGAAUAUGUAUCAAAGCAUUGUGUGGUAUUGAAUGAGUGUGCAUACAGAGAAAGUGUACAGACUUUGCUGUUGGUCAGGCAGCUGCAGUGACCCUUAAGACUAUUAAGCUUUGUUCUUUAUCACCUCAGUUAGGAUUCUGUCAGUGUUGGGAGUGCUGUGGACUAAUAUUGCCAGAUGUGUAUGCAACUAUUUUAAUAAAGUGUGAAAAAGUG